GGCGCAGGUCCGGUUGUUAUGGUGAAGCAUUCUCCCUAAGGGCUGGCUGGAGCAGGAGCAGGGACAAGGGACAGCGGACAGCAGCUGAUUCAGUUUCACAGCCGCAGACCUGCACAGGAGCCACCGCUGACAGUCAGCUCCACAGUUGGAGACAGAAACAAUGUCACUGGGCACCAAGUCACUGAAGUCAUCACACCUAACUUUCGUGCAUCAACAGCGACAAGUUGACUUUGGAGAAGUCGCCACUUCACCACCAGGAGAUAUCUGAAUGCUGUCACUCACCAUUACCUGAAGUAGACCCUGUGGGAAUUCAACCUUGUCCCUUGUUAUUGUCAUUGCUUAAACGUCCUGGUUCUUCCUACCUCAUGGAUUUUUCAUUUACUAUGGAUUGUCCUAAACUUGUUGCUGUUUUGGAUCCAAGUCUUGGACACAGUUUCCAGCGCUAUGAAUUAGACGAUAAACUGGAGCAUCUGACCUGGAGAGUGGUUUGACUCUGCUUUUCGAGCGAAACCUUUUCCAGUUCUGUCUCUCUUAAUCCAGAGGAUCAUUGGCCAAGUUGCCCACAGUUGACAUGGAUGGGAGAACUGACAGUUGGUUACAAACCUCAGCUCGGAUGCUUAUGUUUUGGACACCUUUCUACCACCUUUUUUCCUUAGCAAGAUAAAAGAUCUAAAAGAUGGGAAAGAGACGUUGCAACAAUUUUAUGUGUUGCUUACUUGUGAAAUCAUGGAGAUAUCUGGCACCUGAUGAUAUAAAUUAAGUUGUUUUGAUUCAUCAUUCAUCAGACAUUGUUGCUGCUUGCUUUAAUUUUUUUUUUUCAUGAAAGGAUAUUUUGAGAGAAUCCGUGCUCUCCCACAGGCGUAGGCCUGUUUGGCCUCUUUAAGGGGCACAAAGGAGGCAUAUGAGAAAUUUGAUUUAAUUUCUUUGUGGAUUAAAAUAAAUAAACAGGAACAGAGAAGCGAAGACACUGUGGCAGUUUGUCGUGUUGUGGUGACAUGGCUGCAGAUCACAGCGAGCUGCUGGCUGAGAUGGCCACAGUCGGGCGUCUGAGUGCCACCGAACGCCUGAAGCACGCCCAGAAGCGCCGCGCACAGCAGCUGAAGGCUUGGAUGCAGAUGGAGAAGGAUGCUGGACGAGGGUCAAGGGCCAAAGCAGAUAAGAAGAAAACCCGCACCACCAAAGUGACAUUCCCCAACACCGUCACCCUGCUUGACGCAGCUGCCCGCAAUGACCUGGAGGAGGUGAGGGAGCUGCUUAACAGUGGCGUCAGCCCAGAUCUGGUCAACGAGGAUGGACUGACAGCCCUACAUCAGUGCUGCAUUGAUGACUUUGUGGAGAUAGUGCAAUGCCUGCUGGAUGCUGGUGCCUGUGUGAACGCCUGUGACAGUGAGUUGUGGACACCGCUGCACGCUGCUGCCACCUGUGGACACACCGGUCUGGUGCAGCUCUUGAUUCAGGCUGGCGCUGACCUGCUGGCUGUCAACGCAGAUGGCAACAUGCCCUAUGACCUCUGUGAGGAUGAGGCCACCCUCGAGCUGCUGGAGAUGGUCAUGGCUGAACAGGGGAUAACUCAGGACCGCAUAGAUGAAUGCAGAGCGGCUAAAGAGACGGCCAUGCUAGCUGACGUUCGGGCUCUGGUUCAGAGCGGGGUCGACCUAAACGCUCAGGAUGAUAAUGGAGCAACGCUGCUCCAUAUAGCAUCUGCUAAUGGCUACUUAUCUGUGGCGGAGCUGUUGCUAGAGAACAGAGCUCAGGUGGAGGUGAAGGACGCUGAUGGCUGGACACCGCUACAUGCCGCCUCCUGCUGGGGACAGAUGCAAAUGGUGGAACUGCUGGUAGCCCAUGGAGCCAGUCUUGACACCAAGUCUGUCCUGGAGGAGACACCUCUGGAUGUGUGUAUGGAUGAGGAAGUGAGAGCCAAACUAAUGGAACUAAAGCACAAACAUGAUGCCAUCAUGAAGAGCCAGGACCGGCAGAAAGGCACACUGCAAAGACGAGCGUCUAGUACUGGCAGCAGAGGUAAGGUUGUGCGUCGGGUCAGCGUGAACGAGCGCUCCAGUCUGUACCGACGAGAGCACCACAAAGAGGCCAUGGUGUGGCAGGAGCGUGGCCGACAGCCUGAUCCGCAGGACGACGAUGAGGACAGACAAACAGACAUUGAGCUGCACCAGCAUGCCACUAUGGUUGCUGGUGGUACAUCGGUAUCACGUUUAGAGGAACUGGAAGCUGCAGACAGGAAAAUAGUGUCCAGCCUAGGUAAUGGAGGGACUUCUGUUUCCCUGGCCGCCUCUGUGCCUGGAGAGCUGUGGAGUGGCGGAGGUCUCAUGGAGCGCAGCGCCUCCUACCAGCUCAGCCCUGCAUCUGGACCUGGGUUAGCAUCUGGGUCUGCGGAGGGCGAGGGGGCAGACAGUAUGACUCGAGAGAAAUCACACCACACGUUGGCUGACCUGAAACGCCAAAGGGCAGCUGCCAAGCUCAAUAAAUACCCUGCACCUCCGCCACCCCUGCCCCCUCCCGUAGAGGAGGAGCCUUCUGUUGCAGCGGCUGAGGUUACAGCCACUCAGGCCCAGCCAGAGCUCCAAGCAACACCCGGUACAGAGCAGGUGGCCUCCCCGAGCCAGGUGUACUUCACCCCAGCCAGCGGAGAUCCUCCGCUUCUGAAACUUCGAGCCCCCGAGGAGGACCAGUCUAACAGCAAGGAACCUUGCUGUGGACUCAUGUAGACAGCCUGACACACUCCACACGACGUAUACAAAAACUUACUGCCUACAGAGUAGAGGAGCUAGGCAUGUUACACUCCAAAGUGGCUAAAACAUUUCAAAACAAGACAUGUUUGAAAUGAAUCAUUGAAGACUGCAAGUUAAGGCCACAUGCCAAUGAGGGCUUGAUCUACACUGCAUUUCAGAUGAAGUGCAAUCUAUGCACUUAUUCUCUCUGUGCUUAUCUUUUUUUUUUUUUAUAAAAUCAAUAUGAUACACUUCAGGUCCCAGCAUUCCCUGAUGCUCCCUCUUAAUUACAGGUGGCAUGAUGUGAGGGACUGAUGUAAGACUCCAGGUGUCCAUCUAGUGACUCUUAGGAGAACUACAAGUUUCAGUAAUACAGUCACAAGCAAAGAUCUGCUUUACUCAAAGUCUUUAUGGUCAUUAUUUUAUUCAUCGCUUACUUAACUACUCAAAUACCGUAGAUUCAUUGAAAAGCCUUAGAAUCAGGUGAAAGCUGAAUUAUCCACGUAAAUUGGAAUGAAAUUGAACUGAUUUAUUUAAAUUAAGAAUGAGUGAAUGAGGUGAAAGUUCUGUUUUCUUUGCGGAGUGACUGCAAUGAAGGGUACGAUAUCUGCAUCUGCAUACGUUUAUAUGAAAAGAAGGUGGUUUUGUGUGGUUGGGAGAUUGCUUGGUUAUGAUAGUUUCAUUAUACCAUAUAACUAUUCUGAAUUUACAUUUACAUUUUCUUGUUUGAUUUUUUUUUUUUCGUGGACUGAAAGUAUACUAAAUCAUUUUCUUUUGUUACUUUUCCAGUGCACAAAAAAAAAGCCUAAAUUUCAACGUGUAAUUGUGCAAUUUGUAAAUUAAAUGUUCUGUCUCUCUA